AUGCCAGACGAUGCAUCAUCAUCUGAGGAUUCUGGAAACAGUGUCACAGUCCUUAACAGUAGCACUGAUGAAAACGAAAGUAGUGAUGAAGAAGAACUUCAGGAACUUGUGACAUCAUCAAGAGGCGGUGGUGUCACAGCUCCAGGACCAGUCUCUGGUACACAGCUCCAAAAGCUCAAAGACAGUGUCCUGUAUGAACUUCAGAAACUUGAGCACUCCCUCUCCAUGUCUGUUAGCGUUCACCACACCAAGUUUAUCCACAACUUACCCCCAGUUGGACCAAUAUUCUUUACUCACUUGGCAGCUGCUCAGCUGGGGCAAGCCACGGUGGUGUCACAGAUAAUAAUUGGCUCAUCUUCUCAGUCUGAGGCAUCAUCAAGGCAUGGUAGUGAUGAGAUUGGUAUUUUUGGGGCCAGUGGCUCAACGUGCUUUGCUGGUUGA